AUGAAUUCAACACUUAGAACUGAUCAGAUUAUUUAUUUUGGAACUGCAAAUACUCCGAAAGUUUCUUGUAGAUAUCAUGAAGACAAUUAUAUAUAAAUUUUUUGCAAAAAAUAGUAUAAAAAUAUAUUAUAAUUUAGAGAAUGCAGUUUGCCUUUGUGCCCUGAAUGUAUAAAGAUUCAUUCUGAAGAACAUGAACAAGAUAGAGUAACAAGUGAUAUUGAUUUGUUUUCUAAUUGCCUUACAGAAUAAUAUAAUAAAUCAUGAGAAUAUCUUAAUCUUUGGGCAGUAGAUGUUUAAGAAUCAGGUAAUUUAUAAGAGGAGAUUUAAAAAGCAUAAGAAGUAUGUAAUAUAUGCUAUAUAUUUAUAGUUCUAGCUCUAGAAGUUUUAAGAUGCUAAAAAACAAUUUUAAAAGGUUAUUGAUGAUUAUUUUAAAAUGCUUGAAUCAAAUAUAUUAAAUGAAACUUAAAUAUCAACUCAAAAUUUAAUUAAAUUGGUCAAAUUAAGACAUAGAAUAGAAUAUUUGGAAUGGAAAAAUUAACAUGAAAAUUUAUUAAAGCUCAAUUCAGAUAAAGUAUUUAUGAAAUUAAUAUAGUCUAUGCCUCCAUUAAUCUCAAUAUAUUCAGAUCCAAGAUAGACUCCUUAAGCAGUUUAUUAGAGGAAUCAUUAAGAACAUAUUGAAUAGUUAAAUAGACUUAAAUUAAGCAUUAGAUAAGUAAUUAUUAAUGAUAAUCUAAAUUAAAUCAUUACAUUCUUAAAAUAAUAUAUAUAAUUAUCUACAAUUGUAUUAGAUUCAUAAAUUUAAUAAAUACAAAUUACAAAUAAAGUUUAGCCUUUUUUAUAAGUUUAACCUAAAAUAUAAAAUCUAACAAUUGUAUAAACUUAACCAAUUAUGAAUUAAGCAAUAAAUUCAAAUAUAUAUUAACCAAAAAUUAUAUAACAUUUUAUAACCAGUAAUGUAAUAAUAACCACCAAUAAUACCAAUUACCCAAUCUAAUUUUAUCAAUAGCAAUAUUAUCAUCCCAAUCCUGUUUUAUAAGAACCUAUACCUAUGUCAAUGCCAAUUAUACCAUUUUAAUAAUCGACUCCUCCUUAAAUCAUAAGAUCUACUUAAAAUCUUGUAUAGCCUAUUGUUGAUAGAGGAAUUUCCAAUGGACAAUUAAGAGAGACAAUGGCAUAAAGAUAUUAUGAUAAAAUGUAGAAAAAUGAAAUAAAAUGA